CACACACUCGCACAAUAUGGCCGACACUCGUGUUCUGUUUUGGUUUUCUCUCUCUAUAUUUACGAGAGUAUAAGGCCUGCGCAUGCGCGCUUACUCACCAAGAGACGCGCACGUACAGGACGCUCGCGUUGGCAUGCGCGCGCAACCAUCAACUCGAUUCAGGGAAGUAAUUACAGGGGGAGCUGCGUCCCCCCCUCACACCCCGUGAAUGUUUUCAAAUGAUGCGAGAAUUCAAUCGAAGUAUAUAUUUCAUCUUAUGAUUUUAAUAUCCUCAUUUUUUUCGGUGAUAACACGAGUACGUUUUCCACUGAAAUUCAAACAGUAAUUGAGGCAAUUCUCGUUUUGUGAAUCUCGCAAUUUGCAACAAUUGUUUUCCGAAUUUUUGUUUCAGCAACGCAAAAUUGCAGUGAAAUCACUAAUCGUAUAGCAAGGGGGGAUACACAUUCAUAAAUGUAAUUGUUGGAUGAGACAAAACGAUCGAAAAGAUUUAGAUUUAUUUUUAACGAUUUUUCUUUUCAUCAAUGAAAUUUCAUGAAAGUUGCAAAUGGUCGCGAUGGGCGCGAGUGAAAAAAACGCGAGCCGUAUUUGCUGUCUGCAUUUCAUUACCCGCGAUCGAUUUAAAAAAAGAUAGAACAGUUUUUCUCGUCUGGAUUUCGCUUCUCCACUAGAUACAGCGUUCGGCGUUCAUUUGACUAACGCCGUACCUACUGAAUUCAAUAUCGCGUUUGAAUUAGAUGAAAAUUAAACUGACAAUCAACAUUGAACGUCAACCAAAAAUCACAAUUGAAAAGAAAACGAGCUUCGAAUAUGUACUCGGUGUAUUAGAAGCUGAAACGAAUAAGCUCGUCAAUCAUUAAAUUAUGCGAACGUGGAAACGGGAUUUAAAAACAGCUAAAAAAAAAUCGAUGUUUCGAAAUCCCAAUAUUAUACGCACAUGCGGCAGUGCGAAAAAUAUAAAUUACGAAGAAUUAUCACAACGCAUUUCUUUCGAAAACUCCGCUUCAAUUUUGCUCUACAUAAUAUUGAUUUCCCACAAAAUCCAACACAAAAAAGCCGUCGAAAAAAUGGCUCUUUUUUCUCGAAAGAGAAAACAUAGUUCGCUGAAGAUUUUUUUGUAAUCGCAUUUUGCGGAGGAACCCAAGAUCUCUACGUUCCUGCGAUGCAGCGUGAAAUACGAUUGGCUGGAAAACUGAAGACAUACACGCGCAUCGAUGACCCACGCGACUGCACCGACGCGUACAAAUAAAAAGAUACGAACGCGCGCACACGAACGUGUGACACACGGUCACAAGAAAAGUCGGCAGUGGGGGGCGGGCCGCGAGAGAAGGGAAGAGACCGAAGCCUGUCGAACGUGACCGAAUAAUGCCGAGGUGAAAUAGCCGACAAUUGACGAGUACGACGAAGGGGUCGGAUAGGGAGACGUUCUGGCUGUUCUACCAGGAAUAUCAGAAAUCCAUUGAAAGGUUCGAAACUGAGUAGCACUUUGGAGGAGAGAAACAUGUGGAAAUAAAAUAAUCGACAUGGAUGGUCCGGGGACAAUGAGUUGGGAAGAGUUCGUAGAAAAUGCAGAAAGUUUUGUUCGCGUGUCUGACGAAAUAUCUGACGGUUGGGAGCUCCGAGGAGAAAAGUCGAUUCCUGGCGAGGCUUAUUUGUAUCGACAAAUAAAAACGUUCGUACCGUGCGAUUAUUUGGAAGAAUUUCCGGAAAUCGAUGCCAAAAUAAACGUUAAGAAAGCAAUGGGAAGCGACGAAUUCAUGGAGAGAGAAGUUGAAGGUGACCCGUACGAAGCUACUUGCCAAACUGAGCAACCUCUCGUGACGGAACAUCACGUUUUGUGGCACAUGAGCUAUGGAGUUCCGGUUAUUUACUUCAACGCUUGGUUUUCCGAUUUUCCGGGAGUGAACCAAAUCAGCGUGACGAAAGCUCAACGUGCGAUUCCUCGUGAUACUCUCGGCUACGACGAACUCUCCCAAGCGAUUCAUCCGAUCGUUGGCACUACUUUUUUGUACCUUCAUCCCUGCAAGUCCCAAGAACUGUUGAGCAGCAUGUGCGAGAGCACCAACAAACUCGCGAGCUGGCUCAGCGCCGUAUCGCCAGCUGCGUUGAAUCUCAAAUUGAGUUUGAAAUAUUUCGAGUUGACCAGAAGGAAAAACUCGCUGGGAACCGAUCCAUCGAUCAAUUAGCACUCAAAUUAAUUGCUCUUCCAGAUGGAGGUUCUGGAAAUUCUGCGGCUGCGCUACGAGCGUCUAAUGAAAUUGUUUUACGACUCCACUCGAGUUUUAUCGGAAUUAUUGAAAAUUCAAUGGCUAAUCGGGAGACACCGAUGACGAGAGCAGGGGAAGAGAGAAAGAAAAAGAGAAAUGGAGCUAUGGUGUGUGGCCUGGUCAAACCGAUCGAUGUAGCUCGACAUUUGGGAUACUAAUUGGGCGCGGGCUUCUCGACGUCUCAUCCAAUAUCCCAUGGCAGUUUAUCCGUCGUGUACAAAUUAUCUUUAUAACUGCGAAUAAAACUUCAUAAAAAUCA